CUCCGCAGGGCUCUCCAUGCGCCCCGGCCCCCCAUGGCCGCGCUCCCGCGCGCCGGCACCAAGCGCAGGCUGCACGAUGCGGAGCCGGGGACCGGAUCGUUGGGAUCGGCGGGGUCGCCAUCGGACGACGAGGUCACCGCCAGCGACAGCGGCGACAGCUGCGACAGCGGCGGCUCCGCCAGCGCCCGCCCCCCGUCCAUCCUGUGCCGGUCCCGCCCCCGCCGCGCCGGGAAGCGCGUCCGCUUCGCGCAGGUCACCGUGUUCUACUUCGCGCGGCGCCAGGGCUUCACCUGCGUGCCCAGCGCCGGGGGCAGCUCCCUGGGCAUGGCCCCCCGGCACCACCGCGCCCGCAGGUACAGCCUCAGCCAGUUCGCGCACCUGCGCCAGGUGAGCCGCCGGCAGCACCUGCGCCGGCACCUCCGCAGGGAGAGAAUGCGCGGCAGGAGGAGGCAGGUGAGCCAGGCCGGGGCGGUGCCCGAGGCCGGCGGACUCCCCUUGGCCGAGGUGUCGGAGGCGGAGCUGGAGGCGGGGCAGGUGGAGGUGGGCGACUGCUUUUACCUGCAGCCGCUGCCCACCAAGCGGCGGCGGGCGCUGCUCCGGGCCUCAGGUGUGCGCAGGAUCGACGCCGAGGAGCGGCAGGAGCUGCGGGCGCUGCGCCUGUCCCGAGAGCAGUGCGGCUGCCUCUGCCGGCUCACCUGCGAGCCGCGCACCUGUGCGUGCAGCCAGGCCGGCAUCCAGUGCCAGGUGGAUCGCUCCUCGUUCCCGUGCGGGUGUUCCCGGGACGGCUGCGGAAACGCCUCGGGGCGGAUCGAGUUCAACCCGCUGCGGGUGCGGACCCACUUCCUGCACACGCUGAUGAAGCUGCAGCUGCAGAGCCGGCGGGAGGAGGAGGAGGAGGAGGACGGGGGGGAGGAGGCGGCGCCGGGCCCGCCCUGGGGUCCCCCCCAGCCCCCCGAGACUCAGGACUUCCAGGAGUACCUGGCGGAGAACGCGCGGGCGGUGCUGCACCUGCAGACGGCCGAGGAGCUCGAGAGGAGGAGGAAGGACGAGGAGGAGGCGGGCGCGGGGGGGGGCGGGGAGGGGGGCGGGGGGCUCUGCGUCCUGGGGGAGCACCUGGACGGCACCGCCUGGCAGGUGAGACCCCCCUCGGGCCCCGCCCCCGGCCUCGGCCCCGCCCCGUUCCCGCCGGGAGCGCCGGGCCUGGGAUUCCCCACGGAGCAGCCGGUGCAGGGGGGGGGGCAGGUGAGCCCGCAGGUGGGCUCCCAAGUGAGCCCCCAGGUGUGCUCCCAGGUAGAUCCCCAGGUGAGCCCCCAGGUGAGCCCGCAGGUGGGCUCCCAGGUAGAUCCCCAGGUGUGCUCCCAGGUAAAUCCCCAGGUGUGCCCCCAGGUGAGCCCCCAGGUGAGCCCGCAGGUGGGCUCCCAGGUAGAUCCCCAGGUGUGCUCACAGGUAGAUCCCCAGGUGGGCUCCCAGGUGAACCCCGAGUUAUGUUCCCAGGUGUGCUCCCAAGUGAGUCCCCAGGUGAACCCCCAAAUGAGCCCCCAGGUGAGCCCCCAGGUGAGCUCCCAGGUAGAUCCCCAGGUGAGCCCCCAGGUGUGCCCCGAAUUAUGCUCCCAGGUGUGCUCCCAAGUGAGCCCCCAGGUGAACCCCCAGGUGAGUUCCCAGGUGAGCUCCCAGGUGAACCCCCAGUUGUGCUCCCAAGUGAGCCCCCAGGUAGGUCCCCAGGUGAGCCCCCAGGUGUACUCCCAGGUGAGCUCCCAGGUGAGCCCCGAGUUAUGCUCCCAGGUGAGCUCCCAAGUGAGCCCACAGGUAGGUCCCCAGGUGAGCUCCCAGAUGGGCUCCCAGGUAGGUCUCCAGGUGAGCCCCCAGGUGGGUCCCCAGGUGAACCCCCAAAUGAGCCCCCAGGUGAACCCCCAGGUGAGCUGUCAGGUGAGCUCUCAGGUGAGCCCCCAGGUGUGCCCCCAAAUGAGCCCCCAGGUGAGCUCUCAGGUGAGCCCCCAGGUGUGCCCCCAAAUGAGCCCCCAGCUGUGCCCCCAGGUGGGUCCCCAGGUGAGCCCCCAGGUGAGCCCCCAGGUGUGCCCCCAGCCCUACCUGGCAGUGGAGCCCCAGGCAGGUGGGACAGGUGGGAAUGGCCCCGAGGAGCCUCCGGCUCCCACCUGCAGCCCCCGUGGGAAGGACCUGGGGGUCUCACCUGUCCCCACUGCUGAGAGCGAGGGGGGGGCUCCCCAACCCCCCCCGGAGCACCUGGAGCUGCCCCCCCUGCCCGUGUGAGGGGCUCCUCCGCUCGUUAUUUAUUCCAUGGAUUGAUCGUUUACCUGGGGCUGCUGCACUGGGCUCACCUGGGCCAGACACACCUGAGCUGGGACACACCUGAGCUGGAGCCCUGGACUCUUCCCAUCCUGCAUCCCACCUGAGCUGGGACUCACCUGAGCUGGGACAUCCCAC